ACUUUUUGCCCUUUUUCCUUUUAUAUUUUUAGGAGUUGUUUUUUACCCUCCGAAACCAUUUGAAAACCCCAAGAAAAAGAGCCUCCUUGAUGAACUAAACUUUGAUUCUUCAUCAUCAAACCGAAUCCCAAUUUAUUUAUUUUGAAAAAUCUACCUUUUUUGUUGUUGUUAAAUUUAGUUUUCAACAAACAUUUUCUCUGCCCCAAUUUCACUCAUUUUGUUGCUCUGUAGACUAUAUGUGUGUCUCCCUCUCUCUCUCUCCACAUCCAUUUGCCGGAACACAUUCGAUCCCUCGAUAGAAUAUCUCUGACUUUGAUUUUCCUUUCUUGAUUCUCAGCAAUCUCUUACUCAUAGAAGAAGAAAAAGGCUUAGCUUUUGAAAUUUGAACAGCUAGUUGCAUAUGCGAGUACGAUUCAAUCAGUCUGAGCUCUGCUCCGUAUUUGGAUAUGGAUUAUUCCAAAUGGGUUUAUGUCUGCGUUUGUAUACGAUGUAUUCCUUUCACUGUCCUCGGCGCUGCUAGAUCUGUCUGCCUUUGUGCUCGAUCCACUGCUUUAUUGAUGCUUUAACAAGCUCUUCACGAGGUCAGAUCAUGGAAUUUCACACUCUCUACUUGUUACUUUCUCCUCUAACUCACUCACUCACUCACUCUAGUUCUCAUUUACUCACUGUGAAUUGAAAGUGAUGCACUGACCAAAAAGGGGUGGAGUUUAUUUUAGUUUUAAUUUAAUGGACUAAAAUGAAUUUUAGAAGAGAAAAUAUUAUAUGGGCAUGGGUGCUUUGGGCUUGGAUAUUUAAUGAUUGAUGAUGCAUCAUGCAUAUGGACAGUGACCAGAAUACUGUUAAGUUUAAGAAAAGAUUAUAUUCUGAUGCUGCAAAGUUACAGUUACAGAGGUGUCAAUUCUAAGUAAUGGGUAACGGCACCUCUCGUGUUGUGGGAUGUUUCGUCCCCUUUAAUGGGAAGAGCGGAGUGGAUUUAGAGUUUCUGGAGCCACUAGACGAAGGAUUAGGCCAUUCCUUCUGUUAUGUUAGACCAUCCAUUUUCGAAUCUCCUGCCAUUACCCCUACAAACUCUGAGAGGUUUACGCUUGAUUCCAGCACUCUUGAUUCUGAAACUUUAAGUGGCUCCUUUAGACAUGACUCCCUAGAUGAUCCCUCAGCUUUACACAAACCAACUAAGUUAUUCCCAGAAACAACAUUCAAGACAAUCUCAGGGGCUUCUGUCAGUGCUAAUGUGUCCACGGCUCGCACUGGCAACCAGACUGCCCUCUUUGCUACUGAUGUCCAAGAGCCUGCCGCAUCAUUUGAGAGCACCUCCUCAUUUUCUGCAAUUCCAUUGCAGCCUGCUCCUCAUGGCUCUGGUCCUUUGAAUGGCUUUAUGUCCGGGCCUCUUGAGAGAGGUUUCGCUUCCGGUCCUUUGGAAAGGGGUAGUGGUUUCAUGUCUGGGCCAAUCGAGAAGGGUGCAAUGUCUGGUCCUAUUGAUUCUACUGACAAAUCUACCUUCUCUGCACCGCUUGCACGCGGUCGUGGAAGACCAGGCUUCCAGCGUCUCAUGAGGAGUGUUAGCGGGCCGAUGAAAAACACCCUCUCUUGGACCUUCUCAAAACAUUCUGUGGGUUCUGGUUGGAUGCAACGGUUCUUCUUACACCCAGUGACUCAACUUGCCUGGAAUCCUAAGGAGCCAAAGUAUCGGCCAGAGACUUCACGAAACUAUCUUGAAGGAGGACCGUCUGAAGGGGAGUCUAGAAAUACUCACAACUUGCAAUGGGCUCACGGAAAGGCUGGUGAAGAUAGGGUUCAUGUUGUGCUUUCCGAAGAACAAGGGUGGUUGUUCAUUGGGAUAUACGAUGGAUUUAGUGGGCCAGAUGCACCAGAUUUUCUGAUGAGCAAGCUCUAUAGAGCUAUUGACAAAGAACUCGAGGGGUUGCUUUGGUAUUAUGAAGAUAAAUCUCCAAAUGAUCCAUUAAAGCCUGAACCUCUUAAAACUGGAAAUUCCAAGGCUGGUUCAGUGUCCAGCAAGGAAGUUCUUUCAAAUCUUGCUUCAAGCCAAGAAAUUUCUAGUAGUUUAAUAGAACCAUGCAAUCCAGGAAUUGUCAAGGGUCUGUCAUCUAGGUCUGAAAUAGUUGAGGAAAACAAUGAAGUUAGGAUGAGUAUUGAACAGCAUUUACCUAAUUCAGAACAAGACAGCAUCUCGGGCACUGCUUCUGUUUCAGUUCCAGCUGGAAAUUUAACUGGUCAAGGCAGAAAAAGCAUGCGGCUUUAUGAGCUGCUUCAGAUGGAACCUUGGGAUGGAAAAGAUUAUGUGUCACCGUUAGAGCUUGAUAAGCAUAGAAAUGGUACAUGGGAUUGCCAGCCAGGUCUAGAUGCUUUGGAUACGCAAGAUGAAAAUUCAAAGUAUAGCUUUUUGAAUACAAAGGGAGAUGGCUCUGGCCAUCGUGGUGAAGACCCCACUACUUCAGGAGGAGGUGGAGGUGGAGGUGCUGGUGUUGAAUCCAGUCAUCAAGAUGGCAUAGAUGUUCUUUCUGUUUCAGGACAGAGGCAGGGUGCGAGAAAGAGUUCAAUGAGCUCAAAGAUUAGGAAAAUGUACAGAAAGCAGAAGUCGUUGCGUAAGAAACUAUUUCCUUGGAGUUAUGAUUGGCACAGAGAAGAGGCUUGCGUCGAUGAUAAAAUGGGAGAGCCUUUGGGACCUAUUAGGAGAUGCAAAUCAGGAAUUGUUGAUCAUGCAGCAGUUUUAAGAGCAAUGUCUCGAGCACUUGAAUGGACUGAAGAGGCUUAUAUGGAAAUGGUGGAAAAGGCUCUUGACAAAAACGCAGAACUUGCUUUGAUGGGAUCAUGUGUUUUAGUGAUGUUAAUGAAGGAUCAAGAUGUGUAUGUCAUGAACCUUGGUGAUAGCCGUGUAGUUUUGGCACAAGAAAGACCAAAUGAUCGCCAUCCUAAUCCAAAUCUUGGAAAGGAUGAUGUGUGGCAUAGGAAUAAAUCCAGAGAGUCGUUAGUCCGUAUGGAGCUGGACAGGAUAUCAGAGGAGUCUCCGGUACAUAAUCAGAAUGGUCAAGUUAACAAGAUUAAUAAAAACAGAGAGAUAUCCAUAUGCAGAUUAAAGAUGAGGGCAGUUCAGCUUUCCACUGAUCACAGCACAAGUGUUGAGGAGGAAGUUUUCAGGAUAAAGGCAGAACAUCCUGAUGACAACCAAGCCAUAUUAAAUGAUCGAGUAAAGGGGCAAUUAAAGGUUACCAGAGCAUUUGGUGCUGGGUUUUUGAAGAAGCCAACAUGUAAUGAAGCUCUGCUAGAGAUGUUUCGAGUUGAUUAUGUGGGAAUUGCACCUUACGUUAGCUGCAUUCCUUUUGUUCUUCACCAUCGACUUUCGUCAAGUGACCGAUUUUUGGUACUGUCCUCUGAUGGACUCUACCAAUACUUCAGCAAUGAAGAGGUGGUUGCCCAUGUCACAUGGUUCAUGGAAAAUGUCCCGGAAGGUGAUCCUGCACAAUAUCUCAUUGCAGAGCUUCUCUUCCGUGCUGCGAAAAAGAAUGGAAUGGAUUUUUAUGAAUUGCUUGAUAUUCCUCAAGGAGAUCGACGGAAAUACCAUGAUGAUGUUUCUGUUAUGGUAGUUUCACUGGAGGGAAGAAUUUGGAGAUCAUCUGGAUAAGUAUCUCACUGGCAAUUUUUUAGUUACCAUUUCAAACAUUUGUAUAUUGCUCAACAUUGUAACAAUUUUUGGGCAAAGUAUUAAGUCAUUUUGGAAAGAAUCAGAGUCUUGAUGUAUUCUGUUAUAGAAGCUUUUCUUUCUUUUCUUCUUUCAUCUCUGUUAAAUAUUGGUGUGCAGAAGUCCGAAUGAAUUAUCCUGCUGCGAAAGUCUUUUGGUUGCAUCAGGAAAUAUGUUUAUUGUUUUCUUA